GAAGCGAGAGUCGCGAAGAAGGCGGCGGCGAUCCUCCAGACGGACCGGCAAGACCGUUGGGUGGUCGACGACCGCUACAAGCUCAGGAGCUGUCUUGGCCGAGGCGCAUAUGGGCAGGUUUGCGAGGCCUACGACCGAAAGGAGGAGCGCUCGGUAGCCAUCAAGAGGUCGUCGCUCGCGCAGUUCAACAAGCCGCAGGACCUCAAGCGCCUCCUGCGCGAG